AUGAUAAUGGUAACCAUAGCUCUGGUCAUGUCUGUGAUCGUCACCAACAUUUACUCGAAGAAAAAUCUCUUCCAACGCUGUCCACCAUUCUGGGUUAGCCUGGCCUACAGGUUUUAUAACGUGAAGAAAAUUCCAAAGCCGAAAAUUAGGAAGAAGAAAUCGAGAAUUCUGAGAAGUAGGCAGAAAUUUUUGAAGUUAGAGAGGUCGGUGAGAGUUACUGAUGGUUACAGAGGUGAUGGAAAUGAAGAUGAAGUUGCCAGAGUUGGUCUGAAACUGGAAGAUUUCACGUACACUGAGAUAUUGGAGAUAGAAUGGAAGAUGGCAGCCGAAUGUACCGACCGAUUGUUCUUCUGGAUCUUUUUCCUCUUAAGCAUAACAGUCAGCACGGUCCUUGUCUACGAAAUGAGACCGGUCAUUUCAACUAUGUUCGGUAAAACUGACAACGACGAUAUUAAAAAUUCGACCGAUAAAUAA